AUCAUAAUUUAUAAAUAAAAAUAAGUUAUGCUCUCUUCAAGCUAUACUAAAAUUUUGAUAGUCUUGAAUUUCUAGAUCUAGAAAGAUAAAUAAUUUUAAUUUAAGAAUGAAAAAUAUGAAAAUAGAAAUCUUAUACUCAAAAGAAAAAAAUUAAAAGCUUAAAUAUUAAUUUCUCUUAAUUUUUUAAUUUAGAUUUUUGAAAUAAAAAAUGAUUAUUAUUAUUUAAAUCUAAAAAAUUAUUUAUAAUAAUUUUAAUUUAAAAACUAAUAUAAACUGUAGCGGUUAAUAGACUCAGAAACCAUCCUCAACUGCUUAAAAAAAAUUAUCAAAAUAUAUUGACAUUACUGUUAAAAACUAAACAACUAUCAGCUCUCUCCAACGGUAUGCCAAACUAAAGGAACAACAGAAGUACCGAACUCGACAAUUUUCAGUUCUUUCAACUAACCCAAACUGUCACUGUCGCUCCCAUUAAUUUCAAACACAAUUCGUUGCCGUUUCAGAUGAAACCAGCACUCCAAUCAAUUUUCCAUUUCUCACUUCCUUCAACCCUCACAUUGACCUCUCUCUGUACCACAAUCUUUUUAGAGAGCCAAAAAAAAUGGCCACUUACAACGUAGCUUUGAUUCUCAAAAACGCCUUGAAAGAAGCUGAAUUCCUGUUGAUCAAACAAAGCCCACCUCCCAAACUCGGCAAUGAAGAAUACGACUCUUUUGUCGAUUCUGAUCUCUGGGACUUGCCUUCCACCAAACUUAACCUUGUUGAUGGAGAAUUGGAGCCUGCAAUUCUAAUUGACGGAAUGGAUUCGCAUUUGGGGAAAUUUAAUGCUACGAAAUAUGAUAUCGAAUCGGCUAUGAAGAGGGUAUUGGAGCAACUGGGGACUAAGGCAGUUGAAGUCAAAGACUGGAGCUUUUUCAAGUUUGUAGAAGAACCUGAGUUUGGUCCUGGAUCGCCUAUUCAUACAAUCUACAUUACGGGGAGAUUGGGAACAAGAAAUGCAGAUUCACCAAAAUUAUGGAAGUGGAUGUCUAUUCAGAGUUGUCUGAAUGACCUUGUAGAUGUGAAACCCAAUAGAGAUCGUAUCGGACCCUUGGUAGUGAUUGGUGUUAUUACUGACUCGCUGCAAUCUCCAAGGAUAAAAGUUGAUACCACUUUGCACCACCAGGAGUACCCUCCAGGUGUUGCAGUGGUGCCAAUGAAAAGUAGGACAACAAAGCCUUUCUGCACAACAAACUUGGUCAUAUUUGCACCUCAGAAUGUCUCAAAAGAUGGUGAAGAUUCUAGUUUUGUAGCUUGUGGAGAUGCAUUAAUAAUAGACCCAGGGUGUCUUACUGAUUUUCAUGGGGAGCUCUUGAAAAUUGUUGCUGCUCUGUCCAGAAAGUUAGUAGUCUUUGUUACCCAUCACCACCACGACCAUGUUGAUGGUCUUUCUGUUAUCCAAAAAUGCAAUCCUGAUGCAACAUUAUUAGCACAUGAGAACACCAUGCGCCGCAUUAAGAAAGGUGAUUGGUCUCUUGGCUACACCUCAGUUGCUGGAGGAGAAGAUAUUUGCAUUGGUGGUCAAAGGUUGAAAGUCAUUUUUGCUCCGGGACAUACAGAUGGCCAUGUAGCACUACUUCAUGUCAGUACUCACUCACUGAUUGUAGGUGACCAUUGCGUGGGUCAAGGAAGUUCCCUCUUGGACAUUAAUUCUGGCGGCAAUAUGAUUGACUACUUCCAGUCUACUUACACAUUUAUUGACAUGGCCCCGCAUGCUUUAAUCCCAAUGCACGGGAGAGUCAAUCUGUGGCCAAAGCACAUGCUUUGUGCAUAUCUCAAGAACCGUAAAAGUAGAGAAAAGGACAUUCUGAAAGCUAUAGAAAAUGGAGCAAAGACAUUAAUUGACAUAGUUGCAAGUGUUUAUUCUGAGGUCGAUCCUGGUUUGUGGAUUCCUGCAGCAUCAAAUGUGCAGCUUCAUGUGGAUCAUCUGGCACAGCAAAAUAAAUUACCAAAGGAAUUUUCACUCCAGAAGUUCCGGAGAACUUGUAGGCUGCAUUUCUUUGCCAGAUGGGUGUGGGCAUACCUUACUGGUGGGUUUCUCACGGGGUGUAAGAAGCUAAAUAAACCUAAAUUACUAAUUGCUGGAGCGAUGGCUGGCUUUGCUGUAGUUUACUCGGUUAGAUACAAGCAUAGUUGGAAAUAAAAUGGGCGAAGAGUCAUUAUAACCCACUACACUCCCUUAAAUGGUGCAUGGAUGGGCAUUACUUCCAAACAAAUGUGACCGAGAUUCUGCCUGAGCUUAAUCCAAAAAGAAGCAUUACUUUGGUUGACGGGUCUCAAGGUGGCUCACAUCCUAGAAGAUUUGUGACUUGUGAGAGAGGAUGUGCUGAAGGAUCAGGAAUGGGUAUAAUUUUCUCCAGCCUGUGUUUGGGGACCUACAAGGGCUUGUAUGCAUUGUUGUUGUCUCUCUUUUUUCUAUCUAUGAAUAUAAUCUAUUUACUGUAAAGAAGAAAAAAGGAGAAAGAGUUCUGGGAUUCUAAGAAUCUGAUAUUGUUAUUGUUCAAAAAAUAAUUAAGAAUACAAUUACCCAUGCUUAACUUGUUUGAUAGCACUCGAUAAAAUUAGUGAAGCAGUCGAGAUUGAUGCCAGGAUAUAUGUCUUGUCUUUGUACCAAAAGAAUGAUUUUGUUUUCUCAAUAGUUAUUUGGAGAGAUUUCCAAGGAAAUCUAGUUGACAUUUCCAAAGAA